AUGUCGAACGACGCGAGUGCUAGUCCUACUGCUACACCCUCUAACAGUAAUAACAAGUCGGACUCGGAAUGGCGUGCCAUCUUGUCACCUGAGCAGUUCAGAGUACUUCGAGAGAAAGAUACUGAAGCACCGGGCAAGGGCAGGUUCGACAAGCACUAUGAAAGUGGAGUGUAUACAUGCGGAGCAUGCGAUGCACCAUUAUACGUUAGCAAGACAAAGUUUAACAGCGGUUGUGGUUGGCCUGCAUUCUUUGAUGCAAUCCCUGGAGCGGUAAACAGACAUGAAGACAAAUCGCUCUUCAUGACGCGAACAGAAAUUACUUGUGCUGCUUGCGGUAGUCACCUUGGGCAUGUAUUCAAGGGCGAAGGAUUUAAUACGCCUACUGAUGAACGUCACUGCGUUAAUUCAAUCUCUUUAACUUUCAAAGGGGAGGAUGGAAAGGUUGAACAAGGCUGA